AUGGCGAAUACAGGGGCUGAUACGCCCAAGACGAAGCAGCGUCCCCCACCACCACCAUUCUACAUCCCACUCAACAUCACCCUCUACCUAUGCCUAGUGGCCAAUGGCCUUGCGGCACUAUUCUCCCCAAUCCAAGAUUGUGAUGAAGUGUUCAACUUCUGGGAGCCUACACACUACUUACAGCAUGGAUAUGGUCUCCAAACCUGGGAAUACUCGCCAGCCUAUUCUAUCCGGAGCUGGCUCUAUGUGUCAUUACAUGCCGCGGUAGGGAAACUGGGUUCCAUGGUGGUGCAUAGCAAGACAGCUGAAUUCUACACAAUUCGCCUUACUCUUGCAUUUGUAUGCGCUGCCUGUCAGACUCGGUUAUACUCGGCCAUCUGUCGCACCCUGAGCCCCCGCAUCGGUCUCUUGUUUGUGAUGAUUGUUACAGUCAGCCCGGGCAUGUUCCAUGCUUCAACUGCCUUUUUGCCAUCUACCUUUACCAUGUAUAUGUCCAUGCUUGGCUUGGCUUCUUUCUUGGAUUGGAAGAAUGGACGGAAGACAGCACAAGGGAUUAUGUGGUUUGGUCUGGGUGCGAUUGUUGGAUGGCCAUUCGCCGGUGCUUUACUUGUUCCUCUUUUGAUCGAGGAGGUUGUUCUCGCCAUUGCUUCUAGGUCUUUUGCCUCACUCUUCUGGUCCAUCUCCGAUGGUGCUAUGCUUUGUCUAUCAAUUUUGACUCUUGAGGUAGCAGUUGACUAUGCCUUCUUUCAGAAGCUCGUUCUCGUGCCAUGGAACAUUGUCGCAUACAAUAUCCUGGGUGGCGAGGGCAAGGGGCCAGACAUUUUUGGCACAGAGCCAUGGACCUUCUAUAUUCGGAAUCUCCUGCUCAACUUUAAUGUGUGGUUCUUGUUUGCCAUACUAUCCGCGCCAAUUCUGCUCUUGCAGACCGUCUGCCGAGCGAACGGAACUUCUGUGAAGACAAUGCUGCGUUCCAUGGCCCUGGUCGCCCCUUUCUACAUGUGGUUCGGGAUUUUCUCGGCCCAGCCUCACAAGGAGGAGCGGUUUAUGUACCCUGCAUACCCAUUCCUUGCACUCAGCGCGGCUCUUUCAUUCCAUCUCAUCCUGACCUGGAUUGGAUCUACUAACCCGAAGGAGCUGAUUGGUCGUGUACCGGCCAAACUCAAGCUAGCCGCUGCUGUGUCUGUUGUUCUGGUCGCUGUAAACGCCGGCAUGCUGCGUACCCUGGGCAUGGUUACAGCGUAUGGUGCGCCACUGAGGGUCUUCGAACCUCUCCAGCAGGUUGAUAUUGCGCAUACGGGAGACUCGGUAUGUUUCGGCAAGGAAUGGUAUCGCUUCCCAUCGUCGUACUUCCUUCCCCACGAAAUGCGUGCCAAAUUCAUCCGAAGUGAGUUCCGGGGACUACUUCCGGGUGAGUUCCCGAAUGCGCCGAGCUACCUCGCUCGUCUGGAUGGCGCCUCGCAGAUCCCAUCUGGCAUGAAUGAUCUCAAUAUUGAGGAUCCCAGCAAAUACGUUGAUAUCUCUCAAUGUUCUUUCCUGGUCGACUCCUACUUCCCUGGUCACGCCGCGACCGAGCUGGAACCCAACUAUCUCCUGGACAAGGAGAACUGGAAAACUCUGUCAUGCGCAAGCUUCCUUGAUGCAUCCGAGACUGGUCUCCUGGGUCGAUUGAUCUGGAUCCCUGAUUUCCCUGUCAUCCCAGAUCGCUUCCGACGCAAAUGGGGCCAGUACUGUCUUCUCCAGCGCAGCACAAGCAACGUAUAG